AUCAAAUAUUUAAUUACAGUCACUGGUACUGUUGUGGUUGUUUCCGACUGUUUUGGCGCUUUCCAAAACUGUUUAUGCGUUAUUUUACCUUUGGCUACACUUCGAAGUUCACUAUGGCACGGAAACGAGCACUAGCAACCGAGGUCGAGGAAAGCAAGCCGAGUAAAAGACAGAAAACUGCUAGUAAAUCAAAGGGAACUGCAGAACAUGGAGAGGGUUCAUCGAGGAAAAGAAACGUCGAUUCGGUCCCAAAACGAGACAAACAUGGUAAACUAGUAUUCCCUGAUUUUCCAGACUUUAAGCCAAACUUGACUCCCAAAGAAGUUCUUCAGACUGGAAGCUUUGGAGGAACAUACUUCCGACCCAUUUAUUCCAGCGUCACAGGUCAGAAAUAUUCCUCUGAUGUUUACAAAGAAUUUCCUUCUGAAUGGUUUCAAGGACUUAACAUCAAAAGACAGGUGACAUCAUCUGUCUAUCAUAAUGAAGUAAACACAUACAAGGUGAAAUGUGGGGGCAGUUUAGAAAUGUGGGAAUCAUCUGGCUGGAUUAACAAACAAGAUCCAUAUGGCUGGUUUCAGUGGUAUUGUAGAUUUUACCUUGGGCGGCGCACAGAAGAUGAUAGACGACAGGUUGACCGAUGGAAAAACUGUACUGGAGAUAAGGGUCGUUGGCGAAAUAACCUCAUUUCCAAAUGUGUUCGAAGUGGUUGUGCUUAUGAUAACUUUGCUGUGUCACCUGUUGUAAGACAAACUCUUCAACACUGGGCCUAUAAACUGAACAAGGAAGACUUUGAUAAAUAUGCUAAGAAAGUAAAAAUAUAAGAACAAAUCACACAAGUGGGUGUCAACUAUGUUGGCCUUGUCAAUUCUUGUAUGGCACGUGAGAGAGAAGUGUAUAGUUCUUUUAUUGCAGGUUUUUACAAUCAAUAUAAAAUUGGUACAAAUUUUGGAUUAUUGUUUGAGAUUGUACAUACUGUCCCUGGAAAAAAAAGGAAAGAGUCUCAUUUUUAUACAUUCAGUUAUGAGUCACCCCAUUAAGUCAUUCAAAGUCUGACCACAAACUGUCGCCCCUUCCAUUUGCACUUGGUUGAUUUCCUGUAACUCUUGUUUGGCUUGCUCACUGGACAAUGAUUGUAGAGAAUAUAGAAAAGGUCUUUAAACAGACUGCAUGGUCAUGGAAAAGUAACUUUCUUUUCACACUGCUUAGUGUGUGCCCAUGUGCACUACAAUUUUAUUGUAACUUUUACAUUUACUUUUAAAUGAUAAAUAUCCUAUCCUUUCAAUCUUAACAUUGAUUCUCAUUGCUGGAAGCGAACAUUAUCCAAUGCAGUAACCUCAGGACUAUUAUUGCU